CAACUGUACCUACAGCUGUACCUGGCUCAUGGAAUGCCAUGGCUCCUGGCAUCAUCUGAAGGCCGUGCUGCCCGAAGCUUUGCUGGAAAGGCUGUUGAAGGAAGAGUCGAAAGAGGACGAUGACUUCACCAUGGACCUUUUCGGCCAGCAGGGGCGAGGACGAGUCCAGCGAUGCGAUGCGAUCCGAAGCAGUCGAUGACCUCCUGAAAUCGGUGGAUAAGAGGCUGUCAGUGCACCACCUGCCGAAUCGCUAUCGCUCACCCACCUGGUGUUUCGUCAAAGAGGUAGCUGGCAUGAGGAUUCCAUUGGUACUGGGUUGCUCCAAGCAGGGACACGGAGAUGUCAUUUGGGCCUCCGCUGAAUUUGCUGCUGCAGUGCUCAUCAACAACGAGUUGAAGGGGCUUCCUCCAUGGCACAGCACUCGAGUGUUGGAGGUGGGUGCAGGUCUUGCUUUACCAUCUGCAGUGGCGCUGCGGCUUGGUGCCAAGGUGGUGGCCACCGAUGUCCCAGAUCACGAAAGACUGCUGGCAAUGUCCGCUUCCCUGGCAGUCAACCUCCAGAUUGCCCAAUCCAAAUCAGUUAGCGUUUUGCCUCAUGUUUGGGGUGAGGAUUGUGGGACCCUUUGCCAAGAUGGAAAGUUCGAUUUGAUCCUUUGCAAUGACUGCCUGUACAUCCCAGAUCUUCACCGGCCCUUGCUGAAAAGCAUCUCAGGGUCCCUGGCCGCUUCCGGCAUGGCCCUGAUUUGCUUCUCCUUCCAUAGGACAGCACCGGAAUCUGCCAUCCUUGGCUUCUUCGACCUCGCUAAAGAGCUGGGGUUGCAGGUGAAAGACUUUGGCCAACGACAGCUACCACCGCGCUGUAGCAACAUGGACUCAGCCCGGAGCUACGUUUGGGCAGCUAAGUGCCGAGAUCUACACAGAGGGUCUUUGCAAAAGUUCUCCACUUCUGAACUCGCCACCAGUGACACCAGUGACACCCCGGAAGGGACGAGCCGAUACCAAAAUCCUUCCCUUCUCGGACGGUGAACGAAAGCCUCCUAAGCAUUGCACGACAUGACGCAUGACUGAGCUCACAACUCAGUGACAUUUGGGCCACGCAGUGAACAAAGGGCUCACAACGCCAACAUGCUCUCGUUGGAGCAACGAAACUGUGGAUGGAAGAUGAGACAUAUCGGACAUAUAGAGACAUAUUUUUUGUGUUGCAAAGUUGCAAAUAGUGAAACUGAAGGGCUGUAAAGGUAUAUGUAGUAACAUGUGAUAUGAAAUGGUUUUCCACCAAUGACGAUUGGUUGAUUGGUUGGGACUGGAAGGGCCCAAAAUGUGGAUUUAACCACCCACAUUUCCGUGUCAGGAGAAUGAUGUCCGUUGGCACGUGCGCCUGGAGCAGAAAACCAUGUGAUCUGGCGCUGUGGGG